AUGUACCACGACAAUUAUGGUCACCAUAACGGCUACAUCAACAACAAUAUCCACUUCUGGCCCAACCCCGGGCACAUCUACGAUAUCUCCACCAGCCGGAUGUACAACGGACUGUAUUGUGACUGUUAUAGUGACUGCAACUCCAACACCAGGCUUUACAACAAUUACGACGAUGGGUCCUACUCCAGGUACAUCUACAAUUCUACCACCUACUGGAUGCACAACACAAUGUACGACUACUAUUGUGGUUACUAUAACGGCUUCAUCGAUAACGAUAAAGACUACGGGUCCAACCCCAGGCACAUCGACAAUUUCUCCACCAGCUGGAUUCACAAUUACAGCUACAACGACAACGGUAACAACUACGGGCCAAACCCCAGGAACAUCAACAAUUUCUCCGCCGGCUGGAUGUACAAUGGACUGUAUAGUAACCAUAAUAGUAACUACAACUCCAACACCUGGAGUAACAACACUUACUACGCUGGGUCCUACUCCAGGGACAUCCACAAUUUUACCUUCUACUGGAUGUACGACACAAUGUACUACGACUGUCAUGGUCACCGUAACGGCUACAUCAACAACAAUAACAACUACAGGCCCAACACCGGGCACCUCGACAAUCUCUCCACCAUCUGGAUGUACAAUGGAUUGUACUGUAACUAUUAUAGUAACAACUCUUCCUACUCCAGGAGUAACAACACUUACGACGCUAGGUCCCACACCAGGUACAUCUACAAUUUUACCACCUACUGGAUGUACUACGCAAUGUACUACGACUAUUAUGGUCACCAUAACAGCUGCAUCAACAACGAUAACAACCACGGGGCCAACCCCAGGAACGUCAACAAUUUCCCCGCCAGCUGGAUGUACAAUAGAUUGUACAGUAACCAUAAUAGUGACUACAACUCCAACACCUGGAGUAACAACAAUCACGACGCUAGGACCCACUCCAGGUACAUCUACAAUUCUACCACCUACUGGAUGUACCACACAAUGUACGACGACUAUUAUGGUCACCACAACGGCUACAUCAACAACAAUAACAACUCCGGGUCCAACCCCAGGAACAUCGACAAUUUCCCCGCCAGCUGGAUGUACAGUAGACUGUGUAGUCACCAUAGUAGUGACUACAACUCCAACACCGGGAGUCACGACAACUACUACUCUGGGUCCCACUCCGGGUACAUCGACAGUUCUACCACCAGCAGGCUGCACGACACAAUGUACUACGACUGUAAUAGUUACUAUUACUCCAACGGUAACUACUAUUACCACCCCUGGUCCGACUCCAGGUACAUCAACAAUUCCGCCCUCAUCUGGGUGUACUAUGGACUGUACGAUGACUGUAGUCGUAACAACGGUCCCUAUUCCGGGAAUAACAACAAUUACGACGCUUGGUCCUACUCCAGGUACAUCUACAAUACUACCCCCUACGGGAUGUACAACACAAUGUACUACGACUGUUAUGGUCACCACAACGGCUGCAUCUACAACAAUAACAACUACUGGCCCAACCUCAGGCACCUCGACAAUCUCUCCACCAUCUGGAUGUACAAUGGAUUGUACUGUGACUAUAAUAGUUACAACGCUUCCUACUCCAGGGGUGACAACAAUUACCACGCUUGGUCCCACUCCGGGCACGUCGACAGUUCUACCACCGGCAGGCUGUACAACGCAAUGUACUACGACUAUCAUAGUUACUAUCACUCCAGCUGUAACUACCAUUACCACCCCUGGUCCUACUCCUGGGACAUCGACAAUUCCGCCCUCGCCUGGGUGCACAAUUGA